CUGAAUUGGCUGUUGGGAGAGAGAAAGAGACAGGCAACGUCGCCUGGUCCAGCCAUCCCAUUUUACUGCUUAACUCAACCUGGAGUGUUGGGAUCUAUUCUCUCCCUGCGUUCUCCUUGUACGAUUCAGGGAGGCCAGUCACUCCGUACUCCUUGGACAGCCAGGCUGGGAGGAAUAAGGGUCUGGGUGGAACAGGGGUUUCUGCCCUUUACGGCGACUUUGUAAAAGAUACCACCAAGUGUCUUUUGACAGCACAGCGCUUAGGGUGGGAGAUGGAGAGGAGUCUUUGAUUACUAAACCGCUUACUUUUUUUUUUUUCUUCUGGUGAUCUGGAUUUGUUCCUUCGGCCCCAUCCCCGGCCCCUUCUCUUUUCCCCUCCCGCCUUUAGACAAGUGAUUUAGACAACACCUGCUCGCUUGUGUUGGAUGUUGCAACUCACACCUUCUCGGUGGUGACGGUGCCAGCGUACUGGGGAGAGGGACACAGCGGCGGAUUUCCCUUCCUUCAGCCCAGGAUGCCUAGAGGGGCAGCGGUUGGCCUGCAUGAGGCUCUGCCCGCAGCACUUCUAGGCGGGAUUGAGGGGCUGCAGCUGGCCCGGAGUUGCUGCUAAUUGGACUCGGCGCAAAGUCUCUGAGAGGGCAUCAGCUGGGACCUAUCUGCUAAAAGCGGGACCACGGGCACCUGAGCCGAGGAAUUGAGGCGUCUUGCGGACGGAGGACAGCGGAGCUCAGAGCCUCUCUUCCUUCCUGCCCCGAACCUCUUCAACAACUCCUCCACAUUGGAGACCCGGGACCUGCGAGAGCCAGGGAGCGGGUGAAGUACGAGGCCGAGGCUGCUCUCCUGAAGGUGAAUCGUUCCGUCCAAUUGCCUUUCCCCAGAGAGCAAACGGGAGGGCGGGAGACCGGGAACCGAGGAUGUGUGAGCGUGUGUGAGAGGGAGAGACAACGUGAGGCGAGAGGAAAAGUCUGCGUUCGGCGUUAAAAGCAAACAAAUCAGAGCUGGAAUAAGCGGUAAUUGCUGCAGGACCGCCUUGAUUCUCGCAGCGGGGAGCUGAGCGCACCGCGCGCAUCCGGAGAGGACAGCGGGCGACCGCGGGCGCUGCAAGGGCUACGGGACUUCGGCUUAUCCUCAAUAAACAAUUCUUUUGAUUACUUUGACACUGGAAUAAAAAGGGGGGAAAAGAGAAGGAGGCUCACGCGCUCCCCCUUCCACUCACUGUAAGGGGAUUCCAAUUUAAAUACCAAGAGAUUCCUGAACCCUCUUUGCCAUCGGAGGAGGAAACACACCAGCGCGCGCGCACACACACGCACGCUCCGGACCUCACUCACACGCUCUCCGGGAGCACACACCACCGGACUUCGGUUCCCUAUGCCCCUGAACAGGGACGGCGGAUUGGCAUCUCGGAUGCAAUGCAAGAGCGAUAAGGCUGGCGCGGGCCCGCGGAAGCUGCAGGAGCAUCGCUAGGUGUUGCCGCCACCAGGAAGCCGGGCUGCAGCUUAUGCUCCAUGGAUACAGUAUUGUCUCAGACACUCAAGAUCCUUGCCUUCGUGGAGCUAUGUGUUGCUCUUUUCCCUGAGUCAUGUCGCAUCCUUGGAGGGCAAAGAUAGGACAAGAGAACCUCCAUCUGAUGAGUAAGAGAUACUUACAGAAAGCAACAAAAGGAAAACUGCUAAUAAUAAUAUUUAUUGUAACCUUGUGGGGGAAAGUUGUAUCCAGUGCAAACCAUCAUAAAGCUCACCAUGUUAAAACAGGCACUUGUGAGGUGGUGGCGCUCCACAGAUGCUGUAAUAAGAACAAGAUAGAAGAGCGGUCACAGACAGUCAAGUGCUCCUGUUUCCCCGGGCAGGUGGCAGGCACCACAAGAGCUGCUCCAUCGUGCGUGGAUGGUGCGACCUUUACAUUGCUCGCUGAGAUAGUAGAUAGCUGGGGAAUGCUUAGACCUGGAACCCCACUAUAA